CCGAUAGAUGCUGGGCGAAUUGACAGUUCGAUAUUUGUCAAGUGUCUAUUGGUUGACAACUCGGCGAAUGUCUUCCGUGUUCGAAGUAAAGUUAUUUUAUAAUUUAGGUAUUUUAGACUAGGAAAUUCACAACCAUGGAUCGGUUAAUAGGAUUAACAAAUGUUCGGUCAACUUUUUUCGCUGUUUUAAUGGUUGUUUGUAUAUUUUAUAAUCCAACUGACAGUGGGGCUGUAACGUUAACACAACAAAAUAUUGAUAUGACUUUGGCCUCAAACGAACUAGUCUUUAUUAACUUCUACGCAGACUGGUGCAGGUUUAGUAAUUUAUUAAUGCCCAUAUUUGAUGAGUCCGCCGAUGCAGUAAUGAAAGAGUUUCCCGAACAGGGUAAAGUGGUGAUGGGAAAAGUGGAUUGCGACAAAGAAAGUUCAAUAGCCACCCGUUUUCACAUCACCAAAUACCCUACACUUAAGGUAAUAAGAAACGGCCAGCCAGCUAAAAGGGAGUUCAGAGGCCAGAGAUCAGUCGAAGCGUUUACCAAUUUCAUCAAAAAACAAUUGGAGGAUCCAGUUAAGGAGUUUAAAAAUUUGAAUGAACUAACCAAUUUGGAGUCUAAUAAGAGAAUUAUUAUUGGAUACUUUGACCGUCGCGACCAGCAAGAGUACAACAUGUUCCGACGCGCCGCGACCAACCUGAAGGACGACUGUCAGUUCCAUGCAGGGUUCGAGGAGGUCUCCCGUCAGAUGCACCCCGCCGGUCAGCCGAUAGUGGUGUUCCGGCCGGACAAGGACCGCUCGAACGACCUCGACGUGACCUAUCCGGGUUCCCUCCUCAACUUCGACGAGCUGCACGUGUGGAUGCAGGAGAAGUGCGUGCCGCUGGUGAGGGAGAUCACGUUCGAGAACGCCGAGGAGCUGACGGAAGAGGGACUGCCGUUCCUGAUCCUGUUCCACGCCCCGGACGACAAGGAGAGCAUCAAGCGGUUCAACGAGAUCGUGCAAACCGACUUGCUGUCGGAAAAACAAUCGAUAAACUUCCUGACCGCCGACGGCCAAAAGUUCGCGCACCCCUUGCACCACCUGGGCAAGAGCGACAAGGAUCUGCCGUUGAUAGCCAUCGACUCGUUCAGGCACAUGUACAUGUUCCCCGAUUACAAGGACAUCGAGCAGCCCGGCCGGCUGAAGCAGUUCCUCAAGGACCUCUACAGCGGAAAGCUGCACCGCGAGUUCCACUACGGUCCAGACAGCGACGGCGACGACGCCAAUCAGCUGACGCAGGAGGGCAACAAGCGGCCCACCAACCCCCCGGAGAGCACCUUCAAGAAGUUGGCCCCCUCCAAAAACAGGUACACCCUCAUCAAGGAAGAGUUGUAAGUUUCUGCUGUCAAGUUAAAAUAAUUUUUUCGUAGUUUUGUUCUUGUUACUUUCCGAAGAUAAUAUUCUUCUUCGAGAAAUUCCCCCCUCUUUCGAGAAUUAUUGAAGUUUCAUUCGGUCAAAAAUGCGACUUAAUCUUUCCAACUUUUGUCGGUUUUCUUUUAAUCAAUUAUUGUUCCAACACUUGUAGAUACAAUUUGAAUUAGUUUUCGUGUUAAACUUAUAAACUAUUAAAUAAAUUGACGUGACUGAUGCGUGUUUGUUGUGUGAUCCUCCAUAAUAAUUAUUAUUGCAAAAAAAUAUUUCUUGUGGCAUUAUUCUGUGUACUGCUGAUUUUAAACAAGGGAUUCAUCUAACACUUCCAAUGGGGAAAUUAUUUGUUAAUGGUUUUAUUAUAAGACUAAAUAUUGCUCCAUUGGUUUUAAGAAGAAUCCAUACUAUAUUGGGCUAUUUAUUAUUAUCUAUAUUUGUUAAGCUACACUUAACUAACAAUCUUUUUUUAGUAUUUCAGUUAAGCUCUUGUUUAUUCCAUUCCAAAUCGACCACUUUUAACCCCAACUUUUGCUAAAAUUUUUACCCUAUCAAAAAAAAUUUCAGAAUUUUUAAAAACAAAAUUACCCGACCCAAAAAAAGUUAUGAAUUGAUUUUUGUUUUUCUUUUUUUAAUUUUUUUAUUAAUAACUUUGACAUUUUUUGCAAAUUCUCUAAUAUUUUUAGAGUUUCGUUUUUUCGUGUUCUAUUAUUUUCAAAUGAAAAAUUUUUUUUCAUAAUACCACUCUGGAUAUAACCUCAAGGUAUGAAAAAAAUAAUAAAUGAAAUUGAAAGUGGUAAUCAUCAAUUUUUUUUUUUAAAUGUUUUUCGAAAAAGUAAGAAACAAAAUAAAAGAAUUCUUUUUUUAUAUAUUUUUGAACCUACAUUUAAAAACAAAGAAAAUGAGAAAUAAUUUAAUAAACAAUAGCUAUAAAUACAAUAAAUUAAAUUAUUUAAUAUACUAUGUUUUUUAAGUAAUUAAACAAAAAAAGCAUAAAAACAUAAAACGAAUUCCAUCACAAAUUAAAUAUAUAAAAAAAUUUAAAAGCCAUUUGUUUGUUCAAAGAAAACAAAAUUUUUUUAAAAUUUUCUUUGUGACAUUUUUUGCAAAUUUUCUGAUAAUUUCAGAGUGGCGUUUUUUCGUUUUCUAUUAUUUUCAAUUGAAAAAAAAUAACUUAACCUAUUUUGCAUAAUACCACUCUGGAGAUUUUUGAGGAUGUAUAGAAAACCUCAAGGUAAGAAAAAAAUAAUAAUUUAAAUUGAAAGUAAUAAUCAUCAAAUUUUUUUGUUUUUCAUAAAAUUAAGAAAAAAAUAGAAGAAUCCUUUUUUAUAUAUUUUUUGAAACCUACAUAUAAAAACAAAGAAACUAAAAAUUAAUUUAAUAUAAUAAAUAGCUAUAAAUACAAUAAAAAAAUUAUUUAAUAAACUAUUUAAUAAACCAUCACAAAUUAAAUAUAAAAAAAAUUAAAAACCAAAAUUUUUUUUUUAUUUUUUUUUUGUAAAAUUAAUUUAAUUAAAAUAUAUAUCAAAAUGUAUUCAUUUGUUCUAUUUUCUUUCUUACCUUUUUGAAACUUUUUACCACUUUUAAUAAGAUGAUGUUUUCAUAAUGGCGUUUUUUGUUUUCUAUUUUUUUUCAAUUAAAAAAAAACUUGACCUAUUCUCAUAAUACCACUCUGGAGAUUUUUAAGGAUGUAGAGAAAACUUUAUGAAAAGUAUGAAAAAACAAAUGAAAUUGAAAGUGGUAAUCACCAAAAUUUUUUGUUUUUCGAAAAAGUAAGAAAAAAAAUA